AUGGCUUGCACAGCGUCGACCUCCGCUCUCUCGUGCACAGCAGUCGUCGCAUUGACGCCACAAAGCAGCGCGACACGGACCGCUGCAACUCUCAGCUGCAAGAACGCGUUCGGCAGCAGCCUUCGCCUGACAAGCCGAUCGCAUGCUGCGAGGCCUCAGUCGCAGCGCCGCGUUGCCGUGGUGUCGCCGCGAGCGGUGGACAUUCUGACGUGGGACGAGGCGAAGGAGGCGGUGGACAAGGACGGGUACACCAUCGUGGACAUCCGUGACGUCACGCAGUACGAUCGCGCCAGGAUUCCCGGGAGCAUUCACAUUCCCGCGUUUAUCCUAAACACCGACAAUGACGUUGGCACGAUGAUCCGACGGGCGGCUCACACGAGCAUGCCCGGCAAUCUGUACGGGCUGGCGUUCACCAAGCCCAACCCGGACUUCAUCUCCACCAUCCGCUCCAAGUUCUCCUCGCCUGACGCCAAGAUUCUCUUCGUCUGCCAAGAAGGCCUCCGCUCGCUGUCCGUGGCGUCGGACCUGGAGAGGCUCGGAUACACGGACAUUGUUGUCACGGAGGGCCUCAACAAGCUCAAGCCAGGAGUGUUCCCCAAGGAGGGCGAGAGGGAGCUUCAGAACGCAGGAAAGGGAGGGUUUGUUUCCAUUCAGAAGGAAUUCUCCAUCAUUCUCGGGUCUAUCCUCAUCUGCGCCAUUCUCUUCCUCAAGUUCUUCCCAGAGCAGGCUGAGGUCAUCUUUGGCGGCCUGUUUGCUGCGGGCUCCGCAUCGGAGGCGACAAGUCACUUCAACCACCAUCUGGCACCAUCUGCCUGUCUGUGCGAUUUCGGCGAGUACGUGCGAUUUUGGGGAGUGCGUGCGAGUUCAGAUUGGCUCAAGUCCUUCGUCUGGCAGCUGAGUCGCCGUGCGCCACCUCCCCCGGAAGAGUGCCAUGCCACGCUGCAACUGGUCAACGGGCUCCACCUAGCACCGCGGCCACAAAUACCGUUUGCGGCAGCGGCGGUCGCGUUACAGAAUCAACCGGGUAAUGCGGCCGCGUCCUCGUCCGUGCCCAGUAGCCAGCUCUUUGGGAUGCCCGUGCGUGGCUUCGUAGGGCCGCAGUACUCGAACGUGGGAUUCAGGUACGGGUACAUCGGCGUUCAACCAGACCCCAUGGUGCACGCACCCGCAUCUGUCGCGACGCCUCCUGUCGCGCCGUCAACACCAUUCUCCAGCGCGAUUCAUCCGGAAAGCCAGCCAGCGGUGCAAGCCCCGCCAGAAGCAUUAGUUGGCGGUUUGGACACACAGGCGCGAACAGACGGCCCAUCAUCGAACGCGGUUGCCGGUGGUUUAGGGCGUGCGGUGAAUGGUGAACCGGGGGUGAAUGCAAGCGCGCGUGCACAUUCGCCGCCAAUAUGGAACGUCAACUCACUGUUGCCCGAAAACCCCGACGUCCACAUCCGCACCCCCGCGCAUCCGACUGUAGCGUACGCGACUGGUGUAGGUGGGCAACUACAGGGGAACGCGAGGAACGCGGGGCGUGGAGCGGGUGCAAGCGGAAACGCGGUAAGGGGAAGAGGGACGGGUGCGAGAGGGAACGCGGGAGGAGGGACAGGGGAGAGAGGGAACGCGGCUAGAGGGAGAGGUGCGAGACGAAGGGGUGGGAGAGCGAUUGCGGGACGUGGGACAGGUGCUGGAACGAACGAGUAUAGUGCGAACGGCCAGGGAGCGCAUGGGGUGACACAUAACGGCGGCCGGGGUAGCGGUGUUAACGAAAACGGCGGGUCAGGUAACGGGCCAGUUAAUAGACCGCGUAUAAAGAGGCGGAGAGUCGAUGUAGUGCCGCACACGGCACGCAAUGGCUCCCGGGAGGGGAGCGAGGGGACAAGCGAUGAGGAUGACGAGGACGACGCGUACGAUGCGGACGAUAGUUGGAAUGAGGAUGACGAAAACUACCUAACCAACUCGCUGUCCGCGCUCAACGAGGAGGAGGCGGAAGACUACGAACGGGUGCGGGGUACGCGGAGGGACAUUGAGGUCCCUAUCGCAGAUUGGAACAGGCUAGGUGUGGACGACACGCCGGCCGCGAAACGAGAGAUGUGUUACGGAAUCCUCUACGGUGUCUCUGAGGCCACGCUGAAGAAGUAUCGCGGUUGGGCCAACGAGUACAAGCGGUUCAUGGCUCACGAGCUGCCUAAACUGGACGCGGGUAGGUUUGGUGAUGAGGCCGCGCUGAGAAACGCGAACCCCGACGAGAUUGGGGCCGCGCUCGAUCAGAACAUGGGUGGUGACUGGAAGAUGGCGGAGAGCGACGAGCAGUGGUUCCACGGCCCUGAGACGAAUCCGUGGCGCUUACGCAAAUACGUGACCUUCCUCGCGAACGAGACAGUUGCGCAGGCGGACAGGAUGGCCACACUCAAGCGGCCGCAGAAGACCUUGAAGAAGAGACGCCAGUGCACCCCGGCAAUGCUGAUGGGGCGUCUCAAGGCUUUGAACCUGCUCAUCAAGCUGGACGGGGCCAUCUUCAGGAAGCCCGUUCUGAACCUGCUGCGCGACUUUGCGGAGUGUCGCAUCUGGGUCCGCGUUCAAGUACGCGACCAAUACAAGCGGUUUAUCGCGACGGGCAAGACAAACAAGGACUUCUCGCUUAACUACAUAUCUGCUGUGAGGCACAUCGAUUGGACGCUGUGCGCGGUCGGAGCCACGCUGCUGUGGCUGCACUGGGUGUACGACUUGGUUCCCAUCCUCUAUGAGGACAUAGCCCCCCCUCUCGACUUCACGGAACCCUCCACGUGGUACGAUCAAUACCUGUUCUUCCCCCUUCGCGCGGGCAACGAGAAGCAAAUACCGCCCACGACUCAUCACGACUGGGCGGCGAAAAUACUCCAAGACGCGGGAAUCACAUGCUCGCGUGCGGUACACGCGACCAGGGCUGGGGGGGCGCAGCACGCGUCCGCGGACGGAAUGCCUUCGGAUCAGCUGGCGAGGCUGGGGGGUUGGCGCUUCAUCGACGUGAUGACUAAGCACUACCUCACAACCAUUCCAAGGGAGGCCGUGCUGCUGAAGGCGGGCUUCACCGGGGUUGACGGUGACUACUUCCUGGGUCGCGAAACUGUUCCGGUCAGCGAUAAGCUGGAUGAGCUACUGAGGAAGCACAUUUUCCCAUGGGCCGCCGCGGACAAAGGACAGCAACAGUGCAAGGAUUACAACCGCAGGAUGGUGAAAACGCAGAAGCCGGAGAAGCAGGACACCGCGGGGCUAAACAUACUGAAGGAGCUGGAUGGGGACGCUAGGAUGGCGGUCGCGCAAGACCUGGCGAUGUAUUACAUCCACCAGCCGCGACACCCGUACGUGGUCAACAAUCCGCUCUGCCAGACGGAGGAAUUUGCGUCGUGGGCUGCAGAUGUCUCAUUGGCAAAUCAACUCGCCAUAGUACAGCGCAACACACCUACACUGACCCAGCCCGCACCCCGCGGCGCAGUUACGCGAAUGGCCGCGCUCAUUGGGGAGGAGGGAGGCGGUCAGAACGCGAUAAACCGUGUUAAGCGAAUCAUGAACUUCAUCGCCCACAGGGUGGAGCAAGGAGACGACAUCGCGGUAGUGCUCGACAAGCUCGACCUCAUGUCAGGUGCUGUGGGCAUGUCGGGUGUAUCGGAAGGGGUCGCGGUAAAGAAGAAGAGUGUUGACCUGGAACUGAGCCAGCUGAAGAAAGGUUCUCCGAUGGAGGUGCAGUUGCGUGUGAAAUGGAUGCUUGUUCGCGACCGUCUCAUCAAUGCCUCACUUCCCGCUUCUGAGUUCACAGUCGCGUGGCCCCAGUACUGA